UGAGAGAGAGGGGAUGACUCUAUGGACCCGUAUGUCAUUGACUAGGUCGACGAUCCGUAAGUGGGUCCGAUUAUUGUUUCAAGCGUAAAAAAAAGUAGCAUUGCAUUGAUUGGGUAUAGACGCAAUUCUAAUGGCAACUUUCCGGUGGAUCGUAACGACACAAGAAUUGUAAUAACAGAUCCAAAUUAACCCUUUGGGUAUCAACGCCGCCUUCGCCCCGGAUUCGCUUGCCUCCAACUUGAAGAUGAUGAAGAACAAGAAGAAGCGCAAGGUCACCUCCACCUCCACGACACCGUGGCCACUGCACACCACCAUUGACUCCCUUCCCGACGAUGUAGUGGCAGACAUCCUGCUCCGCCUGCCGUCCGCCGCCGCCAUCUACCGCGCCGUCCUCGCCUCCGAGCACUGGAUCCGCGUCGCCUCCUCCCCCACCUUCCUCCGCCGCCUCCGCGACAUCCACGACUACCCACUCCUCCUCGGCCACCUCGUCUCCCCCGACGGCCACGGCACCACCCCGCCUUGCUUCUACCCCGCGACCCUGCACACGUCGGACUCGGACGGCCUCCUCGCCGCGAUGGUCCGCCGCGGCGACUUCUUCUUGACCCGCAUCCAGGUCCAAGGCUCCGGCCAGCACGUCCUCGAGGACUGCCGCGGCGGCCUCCUCCUCCUCUCCGACGCGGGGACGCUCAGGGUGUUCGAUCCAAUGACUCACCGCGUGUCUUCGGUUGACCAGCUGCCAAGGCGCGGAGGCAGAGCCCCAGACCACCGCGGCCGCAGAUUGUGUCUCCUCCCGAACGGCGACGACCCUGACGCGUUCCGUGUGAUGUCGCUGCAGCACGGGAACGCCAAGAAGCUGGCUCGGUUGGAGGUGUACAACUCCUGCACCAGAGCUUGGCGCGUCCUCACAGGAGCUGGAACAGCCAAGAUACCAGCCAGGAAGCACAUGGCCAAGAUCUACCGCGGACAGUAUGCACCUGCGAUGCACGCGGGCGACCGAAUCUUUUGGAAGUACGACGCCGCAAAUUUGCUUCUCUCGCUAGACACCCAGACGAUGACGUUCUCCAACGUGUGUCUCCCUCCCGGCGUGACUCGUCUGUCAGCUUACGCCGUUGGUGAGACAGAGGAUGGCACCUGCUGCCUAGUGCAUGUCUUGGAAUCUGGCAAUCGACAAAUGCAAGUGUGGCGUUUCAAAGUAGGAGAUGAUCAUGAGGGCAAUGGGGAUCAGAUGUGGGAGUUGGAGCGACAAGUGCCACUAAUCUUAGCCUCUCCAUCAGCAUGUCUCAGUGGGUGUCAGGUCGGUGCAAUUGUCGGCGGCAUUGUGGUUCUCUGCUUCAAUAACUCAUCAUUGUAUCAACCUCACAUUGCGUUUCGGCUCAAGACCUUGAAGGUGGAAACAGAGUUUACAUGCCGUGGACUGGCACGCCCCUUUGUGAUCAAGUAAUGGCAUGGCCCCUUGCAGGUGGCGAACCAAACUGCUGAUGCUGAACUUGCAAUGGGAGCCUUGGACAUUAUGAGGAUUUUGCUUGCACAAGUCAGGCCUUUUGUCUCAGUACGUGACACUACUUAAAAAGAGACUUUAGAAGAUAUGAUCUCUGACUAACAGAGGCGGGCCAUCUAUAGACGGCAGCUAUCAUAGAGCUCGAGCGAUCUACAUCUAUGCAGUAGACAAGUUUUUGUUUCAAAAAUUCAUUUUAAGUUCCCAGUUUUAAAAUCUAAAUUUUAGAACUGUGGAACAACAUUGGAUGUUGGCAUGGUCUGUAGUAAAGUUGUACUUCUCUAUGUGAUAUAUGAGUUUGUGGUUUGAAGCUA